AUGGAUAUGGGGACUUUACUGGAGACAUUCCCAGCCAGCCCUGAGUUUAGCUCAAGGGAGCGCAUUGCAAACCAUGUUGAGCUCAUGCGAAAGUUCAAAUGUAUUUUGGAUGAUGCCGAGCAACCUGAUAAACACUCGCAAGGAUUCCCGCCCGCUCCGCCUCGCGUCUUAGAUCAAAAAGAAGAGGCGAAAUGGAACGUGCAGUGCCUUCUUAUGAGCGCCGAGAUCCGGUACUCCAUGUACCUUCAAAUUCUAGAAAGAUGGAUUAAGUCUCAUGGUUUCCAAGCACAUAAGGAUGAAUGGCCACUCCCACCAUGGGACGUGGCUAUUAUCUUCUAUGCUCAUCUCCUGUCACCGUUCAAUUUCAAGAGAGACAUUGAAUCGCAUUUUCCAAGCCUUUGGAAAGCAGAGAUCGAAUUUCCUCUGGCAAAAAUGCUCUCUACCAAUACAGAUGACAGCAAACGUGUAUGGAGAGAAGAGUAUCCCGAUGUCCCUUAUCAGAUUGUCGAGUUCACCCCUGCUGGUGACCCCGCAUACGUCACUAAGAAUGGCAUGGAUAUACAUGGUUAUAAAUGUAGCUCACUAGAAUGCGCCAGGAAAGGAAAAUAUGUCAUCCCAAUGAUCAAAUGGCCUAAAUACCGUGUUGGCUGCGCCGACUUCGUCUGUCCGGGUUGUAAGACAAGGACCAGAGGGACCUAUGGGAGCCCAGUGCUUGAACUCUGCCGUCGUGCAUUCGGGGUUCCUAUCUUCGACCUAUGGGACAGCCCUCAACGACAGUUCGGUAAUCAAGGCUUUGUGGAUCGGAUUGUGGCCUUGACCCUGACUGAACGCCAGUUCCCUGACCAUGUCACCCGAUAUCUUAAAUUCCUACAGCUCAUGAAGGAAAACAAAUCCACACUUGUCCCAACGCUCGACAUCGAUCUCCUCUGGCAUACACACCAACUCUCGCCAGUCGCAUACGAGAAGUACUGCAAAACACACGUGGGGCGACGGAUCAACCACGUCGAUACCAUUCGCGCAGUAAAGCGCUCUAACAGGGAGGACAAUACGGCAAGUCUUUGGGCGAUGCGAUACAUCGAGUCAUACUUUGAUCCGCAAAAUGCAAACAAGACUGCCGAGAUCGAAAGACGAAAUGCCGCGUGUGAAAAGGACUUGGAGGACAUAAGAACUAAGCUGGCUGAAUACGACAACGAUCACAAGCAACUCAAGACAGAGCUAGACGAGGCAAAUGACCGUCUAGAAACCAAGCGUACCGCUUGCCGCGAAGCGCAAGACGCAGCCAGGGCGCUGAGCAAGAAGUUGGCGGGUAUGCAGGCGUCUAUACAGUCCAUCAAGCCGGCAUUCCGACUACUGAAACUACGUUACUACCGCCAGUCGCAAAAGCAGCACCGUGAGGAGCUGGUGAGUAAACUCACGUUGCUGGAGGAAGAGAGUUUAUAUUGGGCGGGUGAAGUGAAAAGUCGCUACAGUGAGUAUAACUCUGCGUCCCAGGAGCAGGCUCUUAAGAGGAACCUAUGGGACGGGGCGCAGAGGGACAGGCAGCGUCUAGAGCGGCGGCCUGCGCUUAAGGUGACAGAGGCAAGAGCAGAAAUCUGGCGUUUUAAUGCCAACGGAGGGAAGCAGUAUCAGGAGGACCGGUAUAAUGGGUCGUGGUACUCUAUUGUGCCGUCAGAGGCGCAGCUCGAUGCUAUUCUGACGGCGGUGGUUAUGGCGGCUGUGGAGGAGGAUAUGAUACUGGAGGAUGUGGUACUGGAGGAUGUGGUACUGGAGGAGGAUGCGGAGGAGGAGGAGGAUGCGGAGGAGGAGGAGGAUGCGGAGGAGGAGGAUGCGGAGGAGGAGGAUGCGGAGGAGGAGGAUGCGGAGGAGGAGGAUGCGGAGGUGGUUAAGGUGUGGAAUAACGGCGAAAACCAGCGACGAGACGAUGAGGCUGAACAGAAUGGGUCCGAGCCGGGAGCUAACACUUUCCAGGUCAACCUCCAGUAG